AUGGCAGAACAAGCACCCCAAACUGUUGACCAAAACAUUCUUACCACAAAUGCUACUUCAACUUCUACAGCUACUUUCUGGAACAAACAACUUUCACUAGCGGAACAGUUUGAAAGUGACUUCAAAAACCAUCCUUUACCCCUCGCCAGAAUUAAAAAAGUUAUGAAAAGUGAUCAAGAUGUUAAAAUGAUUAGCGCCGAGGCACCAAUUUUGUUCUCUAAAGCAUGUGAAAUUUUUAUAUCAGAAAUUACAAUGCGAGCGUGGACUCAUGCUGAAGAAAACAAACGUCGUACAUUACAGCGUAGUGAUGUUGCAUCAGCUGUUAGUCGAUCAGAUCAAUUCGAUUUUUUAAUUGAUAUCGUUCCAAGAGAGGAAGUACCUAAAACCGUAAAUAGAAGACCAAAAGAAGAACCCACGUCGGACCAAAUGUUCACGGAUCAGAAUGUUUUGGCAUAUUAUCCCCAUCAAACCGGAAUUCCAUACCCCCCUGAUCCUGCCUCCUAUUAUCAACAAGUGACCCCUUAA